AUGUACACUUUAAGAAAACACUUUGCCAAUUGUUCCAAUCUCACCAGCUACACCGACCCCCAAUGGUACCUUGACCUUCUUGACUCGGUGAUAGUGGAACAAUGUGCUUCCAAACCACUGGCCAUCACUUACCACUCGCUAUUUCUUGACGAGGUAACUUUCGAAGAGUUUCUCAAUAAUUGCGUCGAAUUUAUUCUAAAAAACCGUCUUCCAAACAUUGUGGCCAACGGUCUAGGCAUCGCUGGCCAAGGGGGUUAUUCCCAUCGUCCUGCUUCGGUGUAUAACCAUAACCAUCCAGUGCGGUUCGAUCAUCGAUUCCAUUCUCAACUGAUGGUGAAAUUCACCCUUGGAGGGAAAUCUUCGAGUUUCCAGUAUCAAUUCCUCAAAAAUGAUGCCUGGAAAUUGUUAUUUGAAAGAAUCGGCCCCCAUAAAUUGGGAAAUUUGAUAAUUUAUCACCGAGGGUAUUUGAAACAUCAAGAUAAUAAUUACUUGGUCCAGUUAUUUGGCAAGAAGAAACAGCAACAGCAAAAAAACAGUUAUGUUGCCAGAUGGAUGGAGAAUUUCACGAAGAACCAGGUGCUGGGACAAUUCAGCACCGUGGAUCGUCAAAAAAUCAAAAGUACCACGAAAAUGAUCAGCAAUAAAGCAAUGUUCAAUAAUCGCACUCCUUGUCCGAAAUAUCGAAUCUCAAUGCUAUUGCCGGAAAAUCCUCAAAGUUUGAUGGUGGAGAUUUUCAAAUUGUCCAAAGAUUAUGCCAGUCUGAAACGAUUACGAGGCAAGUACGGCAAGAUAUACCAAUUAUUAUUAAUGGUGGUAGAUAACCACCAUUCUAAAAGGAAGCAUCAUUACCAGACAUUAUUGGAAAAAUAUACCGUCCCUGCAAAUCACCAGGAUAAGAAAGUGUUUAGUAAGCUGGUGGCCCCACAACAAGUAGGGAAAUUUGUCAUCCAGAUGAUCUCGAUGCUUUUCCCAAUUGAGGUGUUUGGGAAUCUGAAAAAUCGCGGUGUUGUUUACCAACAAAUCACAAUAUUUAUAACAAUGAUCAGAAAACAAGAAUUUCCAAUUGAUCGAGUCAUGCAAGGAAUUAAAAUUAAAGAAAUUGCGUGGUUGGGGAAACCUCACCCUAAAUUGGCCAAACAAGAUCUUACCAAACGGACCAUGAUGUUUUCACAAUUCCUUCAUUGGUUAUUUGAUUCGUUUAUUGUUGGGCUCAUUGGGGGGUAUUUCCACGUCACCAAUAUGACCAGUGAUAUUGCCACUUACCAUUUUUUCCACCAUAAAGAUUGGAAUCUCCUCCAAGCGGAGUUCAUCAAUGAGUAUUCCCAGCAGUUUUUAGGAGAUCCUCAGCCAAUUGGCCCUAAGCAUAAGAAUUACUUAUUUGGUAAAGUCGGGGUGUUUCCAAAACCCAACGAUCUAAGAUUGCUCUGUUUCCCAAUACGUGGGAAAACCCGACAAGAAAUCAUUCUGUAUCGCAGUAGGCUUAAACAGACGGUGAAGCCGGUGAGAUACGUGUUACGAUACUUGAGGACCCAAAGGCUUUUGGGCAACGAUAACAAAGUCGUUACUUGUACUGAUAAUAUGGUGCGGGCGAUCCAGAACUUUGCAAGCCAUCACCCUAACCACCGGAUUUUCUACAAGAAGUUUGAUAUCAAGUCGUGUUACGAUGUGUUACCUAGGGACAAGAUCUACGAGAUCAUCGACGAUUUGGUGGAUGAAGGGGAUAUCUUUAUCUAUGAUCAGGUUUCUGACCGGGUGAGGGUGUUCAAUGUCGAAGCGGGGAAUCCCCAUGAGAAUUAUAAGUUGGUGAACCAGCAAAUUGUGAAUUCGUUGGCAAAAGAAAAUAACGAUCCAAUCACCAAACUCAUUGAACAAUUGAAAAUCAAGGAAUCACGGAAAAUUAGUGAUAAAAAGGAUAAAAAGAAAUUUCAUUAUCUUGUGGAUGAAGCGUCUACCAAGUAUCAAAUUGUCAAGAAACAACAGAUUAUGGAGCUUGUCAAAGACCAAUUAUUCCGCAGUGCCCUUAAAGUCGGGAAUACUUAUAUAUGUCGGAAACGUGGUAUCUUUCAAGGUUUCAAUUUCUCGGCGAUUUUUUGCGAUAUAUUCUUUGAUCAUUUGUUGUUCAAGGAACUUGGUAUCGAGUAUAACUCGAAAGACACCUUGAUUAUUCGGUUUGCCGAUGAUUUUCUUAUUCUUUCGGUAAAUCAAAAAGCAAUAUCCCAAGUGUUUUUCCAAAUCUCUACGGCUCUCAAACAAUAUGAUGUAAAAGUUAAUGAAUCAAAGACCCUCCUGAACCUUGCCAAGUCGAACCUUACCAAGUUGAGCAACGGGCCAGCAUCUAUUGGUAAUGAAUUAAUUACCUCGACUCCAUUAGAUAAUAAGGACCUCAAGAUUGUUGUUAAUAGUAAUGUUUUUGGUAAUAAUAAUAUUGUUGCUGGUGAUAAUCUUGCGGCAGAUAAUGAUUUUGCCGAGACAAACAUCACCUUUUGUGGGCUUAAUAUCAACACCCAAUCGUGGGGGAUCAUAAGAGACUUCAAAGUCCCCAAAUCACUAGUCCAUACCGCGCCUUCAAAAAUCUACUCGCAUGCCCUUUGGCUCUACGAAAUUCGAUUAUCGGAAUUACUAUUAGCUCAGUGCCCCCGUGGGAUGGAUAAUAAUAAAAAUAAGAAAACUACUACUACUAAUAAUAAUAAUAAUAAUAAUAAUCACCACCAUCACUUCAUCAGCGCAAACAUUUCCAUCAAUUGUGAGAUCCUCUUGACGUUUAUCAUUGCCUCACAUCGCAGAAGCUGCGGAAGAUCAUCAUCGCUCGUAGUGGGACAGUUCGCCAAAUGGUAUCGGAAAUUCCAAAAAUUCACGUUUUUGAGAUUAAGGAAAGUCAACCGUGGGAAAAUCAAGGUGAAGGAAUUAUACGAUUUAAGCGUGGAGGGUGUGGUGAAAGGGUUUAUGAAAGUAUUACAAAGACAACCGGUGGCGUUUAGAGAGAUGAUAGGGUAUUUGAAUGGGGAAUUGAAAAGGAUUAACAUGGGCUGCUGA